AUGGCUGCCGACGAAGGCAAAUCUUCCCGCCGAAACAGUUCUAACGUGGAUACUCCUUAUUUGUCCGAAAUAUACGCCACUCUUGAUGAUAAGGGUUGUUAUAAUGGUCCUGUCUCAAUCCGGUUGUACGACGAUGAGAAAAACAUCAUCCCCAAAGAAUUGAUAGAUAAAUAUGACGCUGCAGGAAUCAGUAUCACUUUCGUACCCGAAGUUGCAGAGGCUUAUGGAUAUGCGAGAGCUCAUAAGAUGGUGGUGGACAUUCUUUUGUGGGCAGUGGACAGUCCUAUAGAAUCCAAUUUGAUUGUACUCUCAAAGAACUUCAAAGAAGAGUUGACUGUCUGUGUUAUUCAAGGCUUGCAUGGGAGAGGUUACAAUGUUCUCUUAGCAGAGCCUUUAGAACAUAUACCUUUUACUGAAAGCUCAGAAUGGCUUUGGGAUAGCCUUUGUCGAAGCCUAUCAUCAGAUGGAGGCGGAAGCUCACAACAUGUUGACAAUAAGGCUGAUACUGUUGCUCUUGCCGAUUCUCUGAGGAAGCAAACUCUGUAG